CUGAGGAGGCGUGGUUAGAUGGGAUGACUUCCGGUUGGUUGCUAAGGAGCUGUAACAGCGGCCUUAGUAACCAAGAGCUGGGAUAGAAGAUCGGGGAUUUUGUACGGAUUAUUCCGGGACGUUGGCAUCCCACCGGGAAUGGCCGCCCUGCAGAUCAAGGAUGGGGAGUACACCGCCACUAUCUAUAAACUGAUAAAGGAGGCAAGAUACGGAGAAGCAGUGCAGAUUCUCAGCAUUGAACUGCAGAAACAAUAUCGGUCUAGGGCUGGCCUGUCUCUACUUGGAUACUGUUAUUAUCAGAUGCAAGACUUUGUCAAUGCUGCAGAUUGCUAUGAACAGCUCACACAGAUAAACCCUGAGGUUGAAGAGUACAAACUAUAUUAUGCCCAGUCCUUGUACAAGGCAUGUAUGUACCCAGAGGCAAUGAAAGCAACCUUUAUCUUGGAUAGUCCUGCAUACCAGAGCAAGGUGUUAAAAUUACAAGCUUGCAUUAAAUAUGGAGAAGAAGACCUAUCAGGAGCUAAGAGCCUGGUAGAGCAGAUACCGUCUGAUGAUCCAGAUAGUGAAAUUAAUUCGGGGUGUUUGCUGUACAAAGAAGGACAAUAUGAAGAAGCCUGCAAAAAAUUCCUCACUGCCAUGCAAGUUAUCGGAUAUAAACAAGACCUAUCCUACAGCAUUGCCUUAUGUUACUACAGCAUGAAACAAUAUGUGCCUGCUUUAAAGUACAUUUCAGAUAUUAUAGAACACGGAAUUCGAGAGCAUCCAGAGCUUGGUGUUGGCAUGACAACUGAAGGAAUUGAUGUCCGUAGCGUGGGUAACACUUUGGUACUGCAUGAGACUGCGCUGAUUGAAGCGUUUAACCUGAAGGCUGCCAUUGAGUAUCAGUUAAAAAAUUAUGAAGCAGCUCAAGAAGCUCUGACAGACAUGCCUCCACGGUCUGAAGAGGAACUUGACCCAGUUACUCUUCAUAAUCAAGCAUUGAUGAACAUGGAAGCCAAACCCACCGAAGGCUUUGAGAAAAUGCAGUUUUUGUUGCAGCAAAAUCCUUUUCCUCCAGAAACAUUUGGAAAUCUCUUACUUUUAUACUGCAAGUAUGAGUAUUUUGAUCUUGCAGCGGAUGUACUGGCUGAAAAUGCUCACCUGACCUACAAAUUUCUAACUCCCUAUUUGUAUGACUUUCUGGAUGCCCUAAUAACAUGCCAGACAGCCCCAGAUGAGGCUUUCUUAAAACUUGAUGAAUUGGCUGGGAUGCUCACAGAACAACUGAGAAAACGAACAAAACAGGUACAAGAAGCAAGACUAAACCGUGAUGAUGAAGCAGUUAAAAAGGCAGUGAGCGAAUAUGAUGAAGCCCUAGAAAAGUAUAUUCCUGUCUUAAUGGCCCAGGCAAAAAUAUACUGGAACCUGGAGAACUAUCAGAUGGUGGAGAAAAUCUUCCGUAAAUCUGUGGAGUUUUGCAAUGAACAUGAUGUAUGGAAGCUGAAUGUAGCCCACGUCUUGUUCAUGCAGGAAAAUAAAUACAAGGAGGCUAUUGGCUUUUAUGAACCCAUUGUUAAGAAGCACUAUGACAAUCUGGGACAGUGUAACAUUGAAGAAUGUCCUUGCAAGAGAAAAGUUUCGAUUCUAAAUGUCAGUGCCAUUGUCCUUGCAAAUCUCUGUGUGUCUUACAUCAUGACAAGCCAAAAUGACCUGGCUGAAGAAUUUAUGAGGAAGAUUGAAAAGGAAGAAGAGCAGAUUGCUUAUGACUACCCAGAUAAGAAAAUUUAUCAUCUUUGUAUUGUUAACUUAGUUAUUGGAACUCUUUACUGUGCCAAAGGGAAUUAUGAAUUUGGCAUAUCACGAGUUAUCAAAAGCUUGGAGCCAUACAACAAAAAGCUUGGAACGGACACUUGGUAUUAUGCAAAGAGGUGCUUCCUAUCCUUACUGGAAAACAUGUCAAAGCACAUGAUCAUGCUCCAGGACACCGUCAUUUAUGAAUGUAUUCAGUUUUUGGAACAUUGUGAAAUUUAUGGAAAAACCAUUCCAGCCAUCAUCGAGCAACCCUUGGAAGAGGAGAAAAUGCACAUUGGCAAAAACACUGUUACUUAUGAAGCAAGACAACUGAAAGCUUUAUUGUAUGAAAUAACAUCUUGGAACUUGUAGUUAUCUGGAUCCUGAAAACAUUUUUCUUUUUUGUGUUUUUUUCAUGAUGUAGGAAAUGUAAAUGUCAUUUUGUAGUGUUACAAUUAAAUUAUUUUCUUUACAUAAUAUAUGUAUUGUUGUCAAUACUGUUCAUGGGUUCUGUUUUUAGAGCUGCAAAGCGUCUGACAUUAUCCUAGCAGCAUUAGCAUCAUAUAAGAUCAAUAACAGUACAUUCUGCCAAAUGCUUGUGUUUUCCCUAACUGUGAUGUAUAGAGGUGUGGAUCAGCACAGCUCCUUCCCCUAGCGGAGUGCCUAGAUAGCUGUGGAGUCACAGCUGCAACUUUUAUAGACACAUGUACAGAAAUCCAGCAAAUCAGCAUUCUUGUUUUUUAUGUGGUUUUAUUUAAGUUUAACCCCUUAAUGACUCGGCCCAUUUGGGCCUUAAGGACGCAGACAAUUUUAUUUUUACUUUUUCAUUUUUUCUCCUCGCCUUCAAAAAAUUAUAACUCUUUUAUAUUUUCAUCCACAGACUAGUAUGAUGGCUCGUUUUUUGCGCGACCAGUUGUCCGUUGUAAUGCCAUCAAUCACUUUACCAUAAAAUGUAUGGCGCAACCCAAAAAAUACUAUUUGUGUGGUGAAAUUAAAAAGAAAACCGCAAUUUUGCUAAUUUUGGAAGAUUUGUUUUCACGCCGUACAAUUUACGGUAAAAGUGACAUGUGUUCUUUAUUCUUUGGGUCAAUAUGAUUAAAAUUAUCCAUGAUCCAAUCCAUGAUAACCUACUUUUCUAUUACUGUUGCGGGUAAAACAUAUCGCAAACUUUUUAACCAAAUUAGUUUGUUUAAAAUCCCCCUAUUUUGAAGACCUAUAACUUUUUCAUUUUUCCGUAUAAGCGGCGGUAUGAGGGCUCAUUUUUUGAGCCAUGAUCUGUACUUUUUAUUGAUACCAUAUUUUCUUGUAUAGAACUUUUAAUCCAUUUUUUAUUAAUUUAUUUUGGAAUAAAAUGUUAUAAAAAAGCAUCUAUUUU